GCGGCCACGCCGCGGGUCCCGUUCCACUGCAGCGAGUGUGGCAAGAGCUUCCGCUACCGCUCCGACCUGCGGCGCCACUUCGCCCGCCACACGGCGCUCAAGCCCCACGCCUGCCCGCGCUGCGGCAAGGGCUUCAAGCACAGCUUCAACCUGGCCAACCACCUGCGCUCGCACACCGGUGAGCGCCCCUACCGCUGCUCCGCCUGCCCCAAGGGCUUCCGGGACUCCACCGGCCUGCUGCACCACCAGGUCGUGCACACGGGGGAGAAGCCCUACUGCUGCCUGGUGUGCGAGCUCCGCUUCUCCUCGCGCUCCAGCCUGGGCCGCCACCUCAAGCGCCAGCACCGCGGGGCGCUGCCGUCCCCGCUGCAGCCGGCGGCCGGCGGCCGCGGCAAGAAGAUCUUCGGCUGCUCCGAGUGCGAGAAGCUGUUCCGCUCGCCGCGCGACCUGGAGCGCCACGUGCUGGUGCACACCGGCGAGAAGCCCUUCCCGUGCCUCGAGUGCGGCAAGUUCUUCCGGCACGAGUGCUACCUCAAGCGCCACCGGCUGCUGCACGGCCCCGAGCGGCCCUUCCCCUGCCACGUGUGCGGCAAGGGCUUCAUCACGCUCAGCAACCUCUCGCGCCACCUCAAGCUGCACCGCGGCAUGGACUAGCGCCCACGCAGGUCUGAGGGGCGCCGCCCGCGACGACCGGGCCUCUCAGGGCCGCGUGGGGGCCGACCACUCCGGCGGCAGCGCCCAGGGAGACGCCCCUCUCCCCAGAGCCAUCAUUCCACCACUCAGACCUCUCCGUCUGGAGAAUGGGGGGACCACGUCUCCGAGUUUCCCUGGGUCCCCUCCAACUGCUACCCACUAGAGUCACUGGUACCCCAGAAAACGGAUAUAGCCUGGGUCUGCCCCCCACCGCGCUCCCUGUGCGGGAGGGGGGCCGGUAGACGCCCCACCCUCGACCCCCUUAGGUCUCCCCGCUGCGGAGCUGGUCAGCCCUAAGGACCCCAAGCCCAGCGCUAGGCUAGGCGGGCCCCAGCCCCCCAGCAGGACAGGCUGACCCCGGCGCACGUGCCCGUCCGCCUGUCGAGGGUGCCGCUGAUCCCCCAGCGUGCCCGGCCCAGCCACCCUCUGCCAGCCCAGCUGGGCGGCGGGGGCUCCAGGCGGCGGCCGCUCCCCACCUCUGUGGUCUGUCUCUGUCCCUCCCAGCCCAGGGAAAGGGGGGCCCGGCCAGAGGGGUCCCUGAGAGCCUUGACCACGCCCCACUCCCCAAUGUCCCUAGGACCCCAAUAAACCUCGUCCUGUCCGUC